CUUUGUAGCGUUAUUAGUGAGCAGCUGACUUUUGACUUUUCUUUUUGUCACUCUUAACUUUGACGCACCUGAACUAUUCAAAGGUGUUACGCACGUACACGCUGCGGACACAGCGGAAUAGUGGGGAAAUACGUGGAACGAAUCACAAGCGAAAGAGAGAGAGAGAGAGAGCGAGAGAGAGAGAGAGAGAGAGAGAGAGAGAGCCCGCAGACAAACUAGAGGAGGAGGAGGCCCGUGUUGUGAGAGAAGAAGAACAAGUGAGUGAGGGAGUGUUUUAAAGCCCACAGGAGGCAUGAUGUCCUACAUUAAGCAACCCCAUUACGCCGUGAACGGGUUAACUCUGUCCGGCCCGGGCAUGGAUCUGCUGCACACCACCGCCGUUGGAUACCCCAGUACCCCACGUAAGCAGCGUCGCGAACGCACCACAUUUACGCGCGCACAGCUGGACAUCCUGGAGGCUCUGUUUGCCAAAACGCGCUACCCAGACAUCUUCAUGAGGGAGGAGGUGGCCCUCAAGAUAAAUUUGCCCGAGUCCAGAGUCCAGGUAUGGUUCAAGAACCGCCGUGCCAAGUGUCGCCAACAGCAACAGCAGAGCACAGGCCAGUCUAAACCGCGGCCUCCUAAAAAGAAGGCCUCACCGGUUCGGGAGGCCAGCGCCGAGGUUAAUGCCAACCCGGCCAACGGUCCCUACAGCCCACCGCCACCUCCCCCGGGAACCGCUAUCACCCCGAGUUCCAGCUCUGCCAGCGCCACAGUGUCCAUUUGGAGCCCGGCCUCCAUCUCACCUCUGCCGGACCCCCUGUCUGCCUCCACCACCCCCUGCAUGCAGCGUGCCACCGCCUACCCCAUGACCUACAGCCAGGCCCCUGCCUACAGCCAAAGCUACGCAGGCUCCUCCUCCUACUUCACCGGCCUGGACUGUAGUUCCUACUUGUCACCCAUGCACCCGCAGCUGUCGGGCACAGGAGGUGCCCUCAGCCCCAUCACCGCCUCCUCCAUGGGCGGUCCCCUCAGCCAGUCGCCCGCCUCACUCUCCUCCCAAGGCUACACGGCCGCUUCGCUUGGCUUCGGAGCCGUCGACUGUCUGGACUACAAGGACCAAGCUGCCUGGAAGCUCAAUUUCAAUGCUGCAGACUGUCUGGACUACAAAGACCAGAACUCCUGGAAGUUCCAGGUCUUGUAAAUAGCAUCAAGUGAGGGGUCGGCUAGCGAGGCUAUAUGGGAAGACAUUUUGAAUCAGUGUCAAAGUUGGGUGAAUAGAGCAAAUUACCGUCGUUGAUUUGACAAGUUGAGCAAAGAAAUGUGGCUGGAAUACUUUUUUUGUAUUGAUGCUGAGCUCAACCCUAAACCAUCCAAUAUAGAAAAAAAAACUAGAAAAGAUAUUGACAUGAUAGUUAUUGCUCCAUCUAAGAAGUGUAUGACUUGGAUGAUAUUUGCUAAAAUGAGGUAACACUAAUACCACACAUUAGGCUGUCAAUGCCAUCAGCCAUCACUUCAAACCUGUCCAAAAAUUGGAUCAUGUUUAACGAAUGAGCAUGAUUAAAAAGUUUUGUACUAC